UGUUUUGCCCUGACUGACUCAAAGCAGGUGAGGAGCCCUGGGCGGAUCAGUGGCCCCGAGGGGGGCUCGCUCACAGUGCAAUGUGGCUACGACAGCGGAUGGGAGAGGUACGUGAAAUGGUGGUGCAAGGGAGCCGACUGGAAUUCCUGUAAGAUCAUGGUUAGAACCACAGGAUCAGAGGACGAGCAGAGGAGCGACCGAGUGUCCAUCAGAGACAGCCACCGAAAUCACAUGAUCACAGUGACCAUGGACAGCCUCAGGGCAGGAGAUGCAGACACAUACUGGUGUGGGAUUGAGAAAGCAGGAACUGACCUCGGGGCCCAUGUUGUAGUGGCCAUUAACAAAGACGUUUCCCCCCUGAGGGGUCCCGAGGAUGUGAGGGUCCCCGUAGGCGGAUCCCUGACGGUGACGUGUCACUACAACUCAGGCUGGGAGAGGAAUGGGAAAUGGUGGUGCCGGGGAGAGGACUGGAGAGCCGGUGAGAUCAUCGUUAAAACCCUAGGAACAGAGAGAGACAACAAUGGGCGAGUGUCCAUUAGAGACAGCCCCGAAAAGCGGGCCUUCACAGUGACCAUGGAGAAUGUCACUGAGGGGGACACAGACACAUACUGGUGUGGAAUCCAGAGAGAAGGAAAUGGCCUUGGAGCUCGGGUGAGACUGAACACUUCCACAGGUAAAAUCCCUGGGAUUGGGGGAAUGUGCAUAUGCGUGUGCAUGUGUUUGUGUGUGUGUGUGUGUGUAUACAGAUAUUUCCAUGCAUGAGCUUGUGUGUUUGCAUCUUGUUUGUGUGCGUAAUACCAGGGCGGUGAGUACAGGGUGAGCCCCUGCUCCCCUCUCAAAAGGCCCAAAAGUCACCUGUCCCUGUCUGGUCUAGAGCCCUGCCCACCACCCUCGUUGCUGUCCACUCUAGUAGUGUCCUUGCAACCUCUCCUGUGGCUCCUUCACUCCUCUGUCACCACCCCAGUGCCUGCCUGCCCCGUGUCCCCUCCCCUGGGUGGAUGUUCCUAGGGCGUUGC